AUGAGUGGUGGCGUUGCCGCACUCGAUGGGAAUGUUGUCCUGCCAGAAAUUGUCCUUUUGCUGAUGUUAGACUGCUCGGUAAUUGGGCCUGAUCAGAAUGAAUUGCGACAUGCAUAUGAGUUCCGUCGUCCACGUCGUCACCGACAUCGAGAGCAUCGUUCUCCACGGUGUCGAGGAGCACAGCGUACGCAAGCUGCUCACCGAGAGCUAAACCUCUCCACCUGCACUCUUGCGCUCUUUGCGUCCUCACCGCUGACCUUCUUUCCUCAUGUCCUCCUGGUCUGCCUCGCACGCGCCUUCGCACAGGAGUGA